AUGGAGCAAUCCGCCCAUCUGCAGGGGUUGCCUCAGGGCAAUGACCAAGACACACUACCUGCUGAUUACUGGGAUACCCUCGAUGCCAUCUAUCCGACCCCUGAUCAGCAACUCCAACAACACACUCAAGCCCAACAUGAUUCUGCAUCACAAACCGCCCUAGGAAUAGGCUGGGACCAUCCCGUAUUUCAAGAUCAGAGAGAGCUUGCUCCUCAACCCGAACAAAAUCACGGCAUCUACUCCUCAAUGCAUCAGUCGUGGCAGGCGGAGGCUCCUCUUCAGCAGUCGCAGCGAAGCUACGGAGCCCACCCGCAGUUUGAACAACCGCAAGCUACCCAGUACCCAGGGCAGAUGCAUUUCGACUCUCGUCCUCUGAAUGCUUCCGAGUCAUCGGCCUUCCCACACGUUUCCGGAGGCACCUUCCCGACAGCGAUUGCAGCCACAACAAUACACAUUAACCCAAGAAUUCCCCCAGAGAUGAUGUCCAAUACGAUUGACCUCACCAAUGAAUACUCUGAAUCGGAUCCCAAUGUCACCAUCAACCCACAGUUUCUGAACCCUGCCCAAGCAUCUAGUCAGCAGCCUACAUUGGCAAAUGGUCUUGUUUAUGGUCUCCCCUCGCACUUCCAGAGACAACCAAACGAGCAGGACCGGCAGUUUAAUUAUUAUCAGCACGGUCUUGCAAUCCAACCACAGGUUGGAUCGGCUCCUCAUCCAAAUAUGUCGUCCGGAGGCCUGCCAGUGCCAGACGUCGUGAUUCAAACGAAGAAGGGGCCUGUUAAAAAAUUGCAACCAAAGACGAAGGGUCCAAAGAAAGCUCAAUCAAAGUCAGAAAGUGAAAGUUCCGAUGAAUCGGACCUUGACAUUGAAGCUCCAGAUGAGCCUUCCCCCUUGCCCCCCAUUCGGCCGACAGAACCCGAGGCUGCAGCUCAAUAUGAUACACUGCAAGCAGUGUGGUCACCACGCAACAAGUGGCCCGGCCCUGAGAAGGUAAAAAAUGCGCUGGUAGCCUACAAGGAUGUUGUCAAGACGCUUCGAGAUGCAUGGAAAGAACAAGUCCAGGCGAUGAAGCUGGCUGAGAACCAAGGUGACAAUAACAAAGCCGCCAAAGUGAAAGAACAGGUAAUCUCUCAGCGUCGGACAAUGGAUAAAAUUGCGACGACAACGUUAGAAAUGGGUCAUCCCGUGAUUGUUGACAAGCUGGGCGAGCACCCUAUGGUUGUGGCAGCUCUAUACUCCUUCUUGGUCGACCGUUUCCAGGCUGCAGACUUUGCAGGUACCUUGACAAUCAAUUUGCUUACGCUUUUUGCACGCUUCUCCACUAUGACAGAAGACAUGCUGCAGAAAACAAAUCUCUCCAAAUUACUGCCCAAAUUUUUGAAGAAAGGCGGACAACAGGUCAAGGACCUCACCCAGAAGAUUCUGGACAAUGCCACUGCCUCCACCAAGCGUAAACAAGAAAACGAUAAACUUCCCAAGGAAGAUGCUGUCAAAAGUAUUGAAAAGCCUGAUCCAGUUGGGAUGAAGCGACCACGCGAGGCAGACGGAGGUCCGCAGGCUGGGACAAAAAGAAUGGCGACCGCAAACAAAGACGCGUCAAAAGCCCCCGUAGGCAACGGACCUAAGGGAGCUCAAGCAAAGGCUGUUCCUGCGCGCCCGAAGGCCAACAUCGUGGCGCCCAAGCCAAUCAGUCUGUUUGGUACACUGAGCUCGGCAUCCAAGAGACCUGGAACUACCAAUGCAGAGAGGGCUGCCGCUGCUGCCGCUGCCAAAACAGCUCCUGCCCCAAAGGAGAAGACGCCGCCACCAAAACCUGCAUUCUCCUUCGGUGAUCUGAUGGCAGAUCUCAACAAACCCAAAGAAACACCAGCUCCCAAGCCAGUCGAAGAGCAACCACCCGAGACCGAAGAGGAACGCAGCAAGAGACUGCGCAAGGAAGAACGCCGCAAACUACGUGUGACCUGGAAACCCGAUGAUUCUCUUACCGAAGUCCGACUCUUCACCCACGACCCCGACGAAGAGUUGGGCCCUGGUGAUGGAUCUGCACGUGGAUUGGGAGAUAUCAAGGGCGAAGGCAGUGUGCUCAAGCUCCACAAAGAUAUGGAUGAACUUGAAGAAGAUGAUCUUGGUGGCAUGCGCGAGACCGUCUUCCAAGAAUUCACUGGCCUGUCAGCCAUCGAUUUCGACUUUGAGGAACCCAAAAAUCAGAGUUUCAUCAAGCGCGGUGGUCCACAGAUUCCAACCAGCCCAGAGAAGGAGGCCCAGGAGCACCGGGAAUCCACGACACUCAUGGUCUUCUACACAUCUCCUGCAGAAAUGCCUGCAUCAGCCAAGGAGCCACCUACUCCUGAUCCUGACGACAUUGUUCACGAUGAAGUGUCAUUCGGAGAGCCUCCUGACCACAUCAAGGCCCGAGAGGAACGCUACUACUCAUAUAUCAACCCCAAGCCUGCGGCCGCACAACAGCCGCAGCAACCUAACCCCACUGGUCCUGGCUAUGAUAUUUCCAACUUACUCAACAUCAUUCAGAAUGUGUCUGGACAGGCGCAAGCAACUCCCCCACCAGCUACCCAGCCUGGCGCGAUACUCGGUGUCGAGCAGACAAUCAAUAUGUUCCGUCAACAGCAACAGCUCCAGCCUCAAGUGCCGGUGGUCCCACAGGUCCCCGCCGCAGUUCCACAAACGAUUGACUUCAAUACGAUCAUGCAUGUCAUGAAACAAAUGCAGCCUGCAUUCCCUCAGACUCAAUCGCAGCCAGCCAUGGCACCUAACCUUGGCGCCAUGUUCUCGCAAUUCGGCGGUCAAUUCCAACCACAGGGCCAUGACUAUGAUGACCCAGAGCGCAAGCGAGGUCGAGAGACCCCACAGCAUGACGGCGACUUUGAUCCCCAAUGGAGCCGCUCGAAGCGGACCAGGGUUACUGACAAACCAUACAAGGUUGGACUCGUUGCCUGCAAAUUCUGGGCCGAGGGAAAGUGUCGCAAAGGCGACAACUGUACUUUCCGCCACGAUGCCUAG